GUCAAUGGCAUAUUAUUCAUACUUCUGAUUCCAAGAUGAAAGCAGCUUGUAUAAUUGGACUAGUAGCUCUCCUAUCCACAGUGAGUGCUGUGCCCGUUGACGAUCGCGUUAACGGCGAAAACGGCUGGUACAUACCCCAGUUGGAUGGCUCCUUUGAAUGGAUUGACUUGGACGAUGCUGAAGAUCUGUUGGCAAAGGGCGAGGCGAUGGAGGGUCGCAUCAGUACCAAUGCUGUCUCCUUCUAUCUGUACACCCAUUCGAAUCCAACCAAGGGUGAAGAAAUAACGACCAAGAGCUCAUCCAUUGAGAGCUCACAUUUCAACAAGGAUCAUCCCACACGCAUUGUCAUUCACGGCUGGACCCAGAGCUACAAGGACUCCAUGAAUACAGAAAUCACCAAGGCCUGGCUGUCCCGCGGUGACUACAAUGUCAUCAUUGUCGACUGGUCCCGUGCUCGCUCCGUGGACUACGCCUCCUCCGUGGUGGCGGUUCCCGGUGCUGGUGCCAAGGUUGGAAACCUGAUCAAGUUUUUGAAUGAAAACCACGAUUUGUCCCUAGACAGCCUUUACGUGAUUGGUCACAGCCUGGGUGCCCAUGUUGCUGGAUAUGCCGGCAAGACCGUCGGCGAGGGUCGCAUUCACACCAUUAUUGGCCUAGACCCUGCUCUGCCCUUGUUCAGUUACAACAAGCCCAACAAGCGUCUCUCCUACGACGAUGCCUACUACGUCGAGUCCAUUCAGACCAACGGCGGCAAGCUGGGCUUCCUCAAGCCCAUUGGCAAAGGCGCCUUCUACCCCAACGGUGGCAAGAAGCAACCCGGUUGCGGUGUAGACGUCACCGGCUCCUGCUCCCACGGCCGCUCCGUGACCUACUAUGCUGAGGCCGUCACUCAGGAUAACUUUGGCUCCAUCAAGUGUGGUGACUACGAGGCAGCCGUCGAUAAGAAGUGCGGCAGUACCUACAGCAGCGUUCGCAUGGGUGCUGAUAGCAAUGCCUACAUGGUAUCGGGUGACUUCUAUGUUCCCGUCAACAGCAAUGCUCCCUUCGGCAACGUCCAUUAAGUGACUAAUUAUAAUAAGCACAAUAAACGUGUCGCCCUCACAAGCAAAUC